AUGGUCAUACAAAAACAGAGCUGGGUUCAUGCCCCCUCCCGGCCUUGCUCCCCUGACCCCCAUUGUACGUCAUUGUGCAUUGUGCAUGUGUGUGUGGCUGGUUGCAGGGAGGCCGCUCACAACAGCAUCAACGGCAGCAUACCAGACUCCAUCGGCAGUACCAUCAACCUUCAAAUCUUCUCGGUGUGGAAGAACAACCUCACAGGCAGCAUUCCCGAGUCCACUGGCAGCCUCACCAAGCUCAGCACCCUGUCAGUGUCACACCAAGCUCAGCACCCUGUCAGUGUCGCACCAAGCUCAGCACCCUGUCAGUGUCGCACCAAGCUCAGCACCCUGUCAGUGUCGCACCAAGCUCAGCACCCUGUCAUUCAGUGUCCCUGCACCGGCUGCCCUCACAUCGGAUGCUGCUCUGGGGCGCCUUCGCUUGCGUCUCAUGCAUGCAAGAGAGUAUCUGCUGUGCUAGUCCAUCACCAGUCCAUCAGCAGUCCAUCAGCAGUCCAUCAGCAGUCCAUCAGCAGUCCAUCAGCAGUCCAUCAGCAGUCCAUCAGCAGUCCAUCAGCAGUCCAUCAGCAGUCCAUCAGCAGUCCAUCAGCAGUCCAUCAGCAGUCCAUCAGCAGUCCAUCAGCAGUCCAUCAGCAGUCCAUCAGCAGUCCAUCAGCAGUCCAUCAGCAGUCCAUCAGCAGUCCAUCAGCAGUCUUACCAAGCUCAGCAGCCUAA